CACUAGGAAGCACCAAAAACGCAAGCGGCGCUCUGCUGUGAGUACUGGUCGCGCGCGCAGGAUAAGUGCUCGCCUGGGACCAAUACUAACGCACGCGAGCGUUGGCUGCAGUCCUGCGCCCCAUCGCGCCCUCCUGGCUGCUCUGCUGCGAGCAGCUCAGAGCGCUACGCCGUCGACGCGAUGUCCGACUUCGACGAGCGCGACGCGAGUGAUGACGAGCCCGAGCUUAAUGAGGAAGAAGUACUAGAGCAGCUGCAAGAAUUACACAGACAACUAGCAGAGAGACAAAAAGACGAGGUCGACGCGACGCCCAGUCUCUUGGAACCGCCCAAGAAACUCAUCAUUUGUGCUACAAGACGCCCUGUACGAUUAGAAAAGCCCUUCGGCGAGGCUUCAUUUAAAUACGAGACCUCUCGCUCUGGAUUGACGUCCGCGGUAAAUGCAUUACAAAAUGAUGGAGUGGAAUGUAGAUGGGUCGCCUGGCCGGGCUGCGCCGUGGAAAAGACGAGUCAGGAGGGCGUGAGGCAAAGGCUCGAAGAUGACUUCAAUUGCCGGCCCGUGUUUCUGGAACGAGACCUGGUGGAGGCCUUCUACGCGCGUUUUUGCCAUGGGGUCCUGUGGCCCCUAUUUCAUUCUCUACCGACAGAUGUCACUGGUAGAACUGAUCUCUAUGAGGCUUUUGUGCAGGCCAAUCAGAAAUAUUUGGAAGCGGUCGCGCUCGAGUACCAGGAGGGCGACGUGGUCCUAGUCCACGACUACGAAUUGAUGCUGCUGCCGGCGAUGAUUCGCGGGCGGUUCCCGGACGCGCCGGUCGGGUUCUUCUGCCACUGCCCGUGCGGUCCAGCGUCCCGGCUUUCCGUGUUCGCGUCGAUGGCGUCGAGGGGAGCCUCCCGUCGCGCCGUCAGCGCGUCGCUGCCGCGCGAAGAGAGACACGGCGUCGGCGCCGUCGCCGCGACGCGCGAGAGACGUGCGAGCGGCGCGCCUCGAUGCGUCGCGGCGAUGGCGUCACCGUGCGCAGGUUCCCCUCCUCAGAAUACUACCGCAUGCUGCCCGCGCGCGAACAGCUCUUGCGGGGUGCGUUGGGAGCUGAUCUGAUCAGUUUCAACCACUUCGACUACGUGCGGCACUUCCUCAACGCGUGCAUGCGCGUCCUUGGGUUGGAGUCCGCCCCGUCGCGGCUAGAAUACCUCGGGCGACUCGUCUCGGUGUCGAUCUGCCCCGCGGGCAUCGAUCCGAGACGCUUUGUUGUGGAGGAGUCAAUCAAGGACAAGGUAAAAAAACUGAAAGUGACGGGCCGACGAGUGGUGUUAUCGUUGGACGCCCUCGACGCCUCAAAAGGCAUCCCCCAGCGGUUACUAGCGUUAGAAGCUCUACUAGACAGAAAGCCCGAAUGGAGAGGAAGAGCGGUAUUAGUAUUAUGCUGUAGAGAUCGCGGGCGACGCGUCGACGCACCUCUCAGACGAGCCGUAGAUGCAUUGGUAGGUCACGUGAACGGGAGGUUCGGCCGGGCCGAUUACGUGCCCGUGCAUUAUGUCAAGAGACGACUCGGUGAAGAUGAAGUGAAGGCGCUGUAUGUGGCUGCCGAUGUGGCGCUCAUAGCCUCGGUGAGGGAAGGUGUUAAUUUAUGGGCCAUGGAGUACGUCGCGUGCCAAGCGGCGCGGCGGGACGACUCGCCGCCCGGCGUGCUCGUCUACUCCGAGUUCGCCGGGUGUGCUUCCUCCUUUAGUGGCGGUGCGCUCAUCGUGAACCCUUAUGAUGCGGAAGGUUAGGUGUUGUGUGGAAAUCAAAGGUCGGGCGUCGCACGCCAUCGACGCGACUCACUGGUUGACUUCCACACAGGCGUCGCCGACGCGCUCCACAACGCCCUGGCCAUGAAAGUGACGGAGCGACGACUGCGGCACCACGCCCUCGGGAGAUACGUGAACACGUAUACUGCCUCGUUGUGGGGGCGUCGAUUAGUGAGGGAAUUGCGGUUGGCUCGCGAGCGCACCGCGGCGCACGCAACUUUGUUGCCACUGGACGUCGCGCAAUUACGGUCCUUCUACGAGCGGUCUCGACGACGACUUUUAGUGCUAGAGUACGACGGGGCCCUGGCGCCUCAUGCUUCACUACCGAGACUCGCGCAGCCCUCACCCACACUCGUAUCCGCGCUUCGAGCUCUAUGUGCCGACUCUAGAAACACGGUCUACGUGUUAAGUGGGAGGAGACGCGACGAUUUAGAUGAAUGGUUAUCUCGUGAUCAACUACCACGAUUGGGACUAGUAGCAGAAGCUGGCUAUUGGGUCCGACGGGCACCGAGUCCCCUCGCGCAGAAAGAUUCCGGCACGUCCCUAGCCACGUCUCUGUUAGGCCACCCGUCCGACACGUCGCUCGAAGUCGAGUCGCCGGAGAAAGACGACGAGGACGAGGUGAGUUCGGAUUGGGAGCCGCCUCGUAGAGCGGUCGACUUGACGUGGCGCGACGAAGUGGCGCCCAUCUUGGAAUCAUUUACGAGACGGACGCCCGGAAGCGCCUUGGAGACGACGGACGCGCGGUUGUGCUGGUACUUCCGCGACGCGGACCCGGACUUCGGCAUACAACAAGCUAAAAAUUUACAGCUGCACUUGGAGGUCGUCGUCGAGCACCGACCGGUGAGAGUUGUGAUGUCUUCAUUAAAGAAGUCCGUGGUGGUCCAGCCCGCCCGGGUGAGUCCGGGCCGGGCCCUGCGCGGCGCGAUUCCUUCCUUUGAUUCGUAUGACCUCAUUUUAGCUGUUGGCGACGAAGUCUACUCCGAGGAAGAUGUCUUUGAGCUGUUUGAGGGCUCUCCACAUAGCUUCUCCGUCACGGUCGGGAGACGGCUCUCUCGAGCUUCGUUUUUUCUGGACGAGGAGGAGGUCCUGCCGACGCUCCAAACGCUGGCUGCCGUGACCAAUGAAGCGGUAGGAACACCAUUAUCCUCAGCUCAGACGCUGCCGCGGACGUCUUCUUUGGAUUUAGGUGCUUCUCGCAUGAUGCCGGAGUCACCAACACCUAUGACGGCUUCUUUUAGACCGGUCGACUUCCCGUCCUUCGAGGAGGUGUCCGCGGCUGAAGAGAAGGUCGUCGACGCCGCGGCGGCGCUCGUCGAGGACCAGUCGCUUAAUUCGUAGUUUCUUGUUUA